AAGACGCCCGAGGCGAAGAGGCAUGUGUGGUGGACUUGGCUUUAAAAUCCACAACCCCCAUCGGCGGCCACAAGGGCGGGGCGCGCUAUCCACAGACCCACCGCCGUUUCCCGCCUAAAGAAACCUCCAUGGCCGCCGCCGCCGCCGCCGUCGCCGCCGCGUCAUCCACGCUGUUGCGGGCAAGCAACUUUUCUAGAUCGCGCCCCGUCCCAACAACCGCCGGCCAGUGCACUCCAAGAAGUGCAGGGAGGAGGCCGGCGCCUUCUUCUGUCUGCGUACGCACCAGGAGCGGGCGGCGAGCGGCGGCCGCCCGCGCGUCGGCUGAAGGCUCGGGGGGAGCUCCGGCUGCCCCCCUGCCGGCGGCGCUGCUGUUCGACUGCGAUGGCGUGCUGGUGGACACAGAGAAGGACGGCCACCGCAUCUCAUUCAACGAGACCUUCGCCGAGAGGGAAUUAAGUGUGAGCUGGGAUGUUGAACUAUAUGGAGAAUUGCUCAAGAUAGGUGGUGGAAAGGAAAGGAUGACGGCUUACUUCAACAAGACAGGAUGGCCAGCUAAAGCACCAAAGACUGAUGCGGAACGAAAGGAGUUUAUCGCUUCUCUCCACAAGAUGAAAACAGAACUAUUCAUGGCCCUAAUUGAGAAGAAGUUGCUUCCUCUCCGUCCAGGUGUUCAAAGGUUAAUCGAUGAAGCUUUAGGAAACGGAGUUAAAGUUGCAGUGUGCAGUACGUCAAAUGAGAAAGCUGUUUCAGCAAUAGUGUCAUGCUUAUUGGGGCCUGAUAGAGCAGAAAAGAUUACUAUAUUUGCUGGAGAUGUGGUUCCUCACAAAAAACCUGAUCCAGCAAUCUACAUAUUAGCAGCAACUACACUUGGAGUUGAUCCAUCUAGCUGUGUUGUUGUUGAAGACAGUACUAUAGGGCUUGCAGCGGCGAAAGCUGCCGGCAUGAAGUGUAUUGUAACAAAAAGCGGCUACACUGCAGAAGAGGACUUCGCGACGGCAGACGCAGUGUUCGAUUGCAUUGGUGACCCGCCAGAAGUGCGCUUCGAUUUGGAUUUCUGCGCGAACCUGCUCCAGAAACAAUACGUAAACUAAAAAACAAGGACACACUCGAGUAAUAAAUAUUAUUUGUAAAGGAAUUCAAAUAUAAAAGGAACAACAAUGUGUUAUAAAUGUAUUUGUUCUUUUGACCA